AUGCCAGUUAUGGAAACAAAUAUAUCUCUAUUAAACAAGUUAAACGAUUCUAUCAUACAAUUAGCAGCAGCGCUAGUUAAAAUAUUCAAUGUGAAUAAUAUGUUAUUUAGAAUAAGUAACAAAUCUUGGCACUUAUAUAUGAAAGAGAUAAAUUUUCAAGAGUUUUCGAAAUGUAGCAACGUGCUUCAAUUAUUUGGAAAUAGUUUAAGUACACUAUCGAUUUUACAUCUAAUAGUUUCACUGGCAUAUUCUCUAUAUGUGUGGCAUAGUAUAUUCUUUAACGCUAUUGCAUAUUUUGGCCUAAAAAGCAAUAUAGUUUAUUAUUUGAAAUUGGUUAUAAACAUGCCUAUCAUGAUAUCUAGCUCGAUUAUAACAUUCUAUUAUAUCGUUAAAUUUCAAAUGAUUUUAAUAUCUUUUUCAUUAGUUAUAUGCAAGUCACCCGUCCUCUGUACUUUAAUAUUGUUUCUAUUUCCUAUGGCAGUUAUAUUUCUUUUUUGUGUUAUAGUGAAUAUCAUGCAAAGAGUUGUAUAUUUUAGUAUGUUUCGCUAUGGUGAUAUUGAUAACAAGCCUAUAAUUCUAGUCAUGUUUAUUACUUUUUAUUAUAUUGUAAUAGAUGAAAUCCUAAAUAUUAUAAUAAACUAUACAAAUAAUAGCUCAAUAAUUGAGGUGAUAAUUGGGAUUAAUCUUACAAUUAUACUUAUAACAAAUAUUUUCUCUAUCCUCUGCUAUCUUAAAAUGCAAACACGAGAAUUCUUUACUAUUUUACAUUACCAUAGACACCUAGAACAUUAA